AGGAAAUUGGGACAAACAUCUCCAAUGUGGAGAGCUGUGGUAGACGAGAAGAACUCUCCCAAGAAAUGCUUGGUGAUAGCGUCGAGUUGUCUGGUCAUUGCUCUGCUGGGGAUCGCCAUAUAUGUCUCGGGGCUGCUCAGACCUGGACAUGAACCCGCGAGGCUGGGCAAGUCGGUGGCGGCGACAAGAGAGGUGGCGAUUUUUCUCUAACGUUAUUAUCUUGUCAGACGUGUUACAUAGUCUAAAUGAAAGGAAGACCUUUUUAGAUUAGAUACAUAGUACAAAUGAGAAGAAAGAUCUUUUUAGAUUUGUUACAUAGUCCGAAUGAAAGGAAGAUCUUGUUAGAUUUGUUACAUAGUCUGAAUAAAAGGAAGCUCAUUUCAGACUGUUACAUAAUCUGAAUUAAAGGAAGAUCUUGUCAGACUUGUUACAUAGUCUGAAUGAAAGGAAGAUCUUGUCAGACUUGUUACAUAGUCUGAAUAAAAGGAAGAUAUUGUCAGACUUGUUACAUAGUCUGAAUGAAAGGCAGACCUUGUCAGACUUAUUACAUAGUCUGAAUGAAAGGCAGAUCUUGUCAGACUUGUUACAUAGUCAAAAUGAAAGGCAGAUCUUCUCAGAUUUGAUUCAGAGUCUGGCAGCAAAGGGUAAAAUAAUCGCUUAAAAAGUCAAGACCAUUUUUUAUAUUAUUUUGUGGUAGAGAACAACUACCCAUCACUCUCGGAUUCUCAACCCACGCAUCCAGAACCCCAAACUGGAGGGUUCUCAGGAGGACGGGGUAGGGGUCACAGGCUUAAACUAUAAUCUUAACAUUGUGUGAAUGUAAAGAAAUGUUCAUUGUUAAUGGAUGUCUUAAAGAGCAACGAAUAAUUUCUUAAUGCUCCAUCUCUUUUCUAUAUGUUUUCUCUCAACAUAAUUUUCAAAUUUAACUUCUAGGGUCGCCGGCCACUUUCUGUCAAGUUUAUUUAGGUCACGACUCAAAAAACGUUUGUGAACCUGUACCAUAAAUGAUACGCCUAUGAAUUUUCUUAAUUGUUGUUAUCGUCUACCAGGAAACUACGCUAAGAAAUAGAUGAUUCACCUAUGUAUUUUCUUAAUUGCUGGUACCGUCUAACCAGGAAACUACGCGAAGACAAGCCGGUGAAUCAAGACUUACACAAUUAAUUGCGUCUAAGCUCAUCAAUUUUUAAUUCAUGACAGAUCGGUGCAGGCAAGCACGGCCUCGCUUGGCUUGUUAAAGACUGUAAUAUAGAUUAUUUCCUGCACUUCAUCCAUGCGUCAUAUUAAUUAUUUUAAUUGAUUUUUAAUUUUUUUUUAAUUAAAAAAAAAUAAAAAAUAAAUUCCAAUACCAUUGAAGGGGAACUAUGUGUUACUAUAAUUAAUGCACCCAGCGUGUUUCAUUUCCCUGUAGGUGUGCACCACAAAGGAGUGCGAAGAGACCAGCGCUUACAUCGUGGACAAAAUAAAUUUCUCCGCCGACCCUUGUGAGGACAUGCAUUUAUUUUCGUGCGGUAACUACAAUGCCAAGAAGUCGUCGCAGGCGGGAAGAUAUUUUCCCAGAGAUGCAGACAGUCGCUUCAAGGAGGACGCGUUUAAGGUGAACGUAUUAAUAACAUCGCUCAAUCAUUCAGAAUGUAAUGCUUCGGUUUUUUUUUGGGCUCGCAUAAAACAGUUAUUGCAUUGCAUCAGUGGUUCUCGACCUUCCUAAUGCCGCGACCCUUUAGCAAUAACACAGUUCCUCAGUUUGUGGUGACCCCCCCCCCAACCAUACAAUUAUUUACGUUGUUACCUCAUACAUAUAAGUUUUCCGAUGGUCUAAGGCGACCCCUGUGUAAGAGACGUUCGACCCCCCAAAACGUGUCGCGACCCACGGGUUGAGAACCGCUGCUUUACAUGAAUGCUGUUUCACUUUUUGUGUUUUUGCGGGCAGAAACUUUCGUUCCCAUGCAGAAAUCUCUAUUAUAAGUGUUGAUAUUUGUUGCAACUGACGUGUAACCAGCGUUCUUUGCCAAAUUACAAGUCUGAUACCUACUACCUAUCAAUCAAACGCAUUGCUAUGAAAUCACAAAUGAGACAAUGCUGAGCAUCUCGUCACUAUGAACUUUAAUCACAUUGAAGGGGUCACUAUUCACAACAUAAAUAUAUAUCCAAACUGGAACAAAAGAACUAUCAUGACAUCAUAUAACUUCAUUCUCUUUAAAUAAGAACAGGUCGACAUUGGCCGUUCCGAUUCCAUGUGAUAUAUCCUAAAUGAAUCUUAAAUACAUUGAAAGUGCACCUUCUCCAUUCCAAUCUAUAUCUCUCAACUUCCUUCCUCUCCCUCUGCGCAUGACAUCCACACCAUCCUCAUGGUACAUCUAAAUAAGGGAACACUAUAGAGUCUGUUACAUUUGUGUGUUCAUAAACAUGAAACAUUCCCGCCAGGUUCAGGAUGUUUUAUUCGAAUUCCAAGUGACAAGCCACACUCCGAUUGAGACCGUGCUUACUCGCAUUGAUGUUUGCCCCCGGCUAGUGCUCUGGUGGAUUUGACCUUUUUUUUUUUUUUAAAACGCCAACUUUUGGGGCGUGUCACAAAGGAUGCACGUGACGCGGGACCCUCUCGAUUCCCCCCCCCCCCUGCUGCACGCCCGACAGUUAAUUAUUAAAUUUAUUUUUUUGUUUGGGGGGGGGGUCUCUUUUAUGGGUCUUGCAAGUUAAAGCAGGGUAGCUUGAGUGGGGUGGUGGGGGGGGGUGGGGGAUCCGUUCGCCUUUGAGGCGCCCAGCUCAGUAUUUUCUGCAAAGUGACCGAACAGAGAUGUCCUCCACAAACAACUUAAAAAUUUGACAGAAUAUGGUGUCAUCGGCAACAGGUCUAUGUGUCAGGUUUCAGCUUGAUAGUAUGACGGGAAGUGGGUCAAAUAGCCACCUGAGGAUUUUGACUUAAACAAACACGAAAAAAAAGCGAAGUUAAUAUUAAUGAAAAAUAAAAAAAUAACUAGACUCGAUUAAAAUAAAAUAAACUAGACUCGAUUAAAAAAAUAAACUAGACUCGAUUAAAAAAAAAUUGAUUAUCCAUUUAAUUAAUUUAAUGAUCAUAUUCAUAGAUAAUGGCAUCCAAACAAAAUACCAAGUUGCUCGGCC